AUGGCGCGCCCCAAGGUACAUCCUGAGAAUCGACUACGAGCGAAUACCGCAUGUACAGCAUGUCGGAAAUCCAAGAAAAGAUGUAGUGGGGUUUUCCCGUGCAGCAACUGUUUGCACAAAGGCCGUGGCGGAUCAUGCAUUCCCUUCAGGUCCCUACCAGGCCUCCGCAGCCGAACUGCGUCCCGACCUGCAGCUCCGACAUGGAGCGAAUCAGGAAUCGAUCUGGAAAGCCCCUUGAGACCCCAGACCCACGAGGAAACAACGCCAGAUCCCGGAGUUGCGUCGCCGGAGGCUGAGCCGCAUUCGCCUGAGGCUCCGCAUCGGACGCAUCCGCGGAUGCUCCGCAACCUGCAGGGUGAUCGAGUCUAUGUCGGAAAAGCAGCCUCAUUGUCAUUUUUGCAAUUGCUCCGUGACACUGUGACACAGCAUAUUGGUCCCUCGCAAUUCUCUCAGAGAAGCGAGGACAUGCUAGAGACGGAAGCACAUCAUGAUCUACUCAACUUCUCCAUAGAGCGAUGCAAUGUCGACGAAAAGCGUCAUUUCAUCCAGAGUUAUGAAGCGGCGACCAGCGGGUUUUUGAAUCUAGCAUGCAAAGAUAACAUUUUAACAUCAUCGUCUAGCUCAGGUGACCCGAAAUCCGAUCGGGAGAAGACCCGAACAGCGAUAGUCGAUCUCAUGGUCGCUAUCGGGGCCCAGACACAGGCGAAUAACCCGGAAACACUUCAAGCAGAAAGAUUCUAUGCCGCGCGCGGCCAACAGAGAGCAUUCGCCAAUUUUCUAGAAGACCCCAGCAUGGAUGUGGUUCGGAUUUUCAUACUAUUGUCGUUCUACAUGCUUGGCGCGUGCCGCCGCAAUGCGGCCUUUAUGUAUCUGGGUGUCGCAUCGCGAGCAGCGGUAGCAUUGGGACUACAUGAGCACACUUCUGGAUCAACAAGUCGUGAUGAUAACGACCAGCGACCAAAGUUGUGGACGAGCCUUUGUGUUCUCGACCUACUUGUGAGCGCGAUUCUGGGCAGGCCAUCGGCAACCUCACCUCUUUUGUCUGGUCAUCGAGAGGAACCGAUUUUGGUAGAGACGACACAGACCGAAUCUGGACUGGCAGCUUCAUAUCAUCUAUCACUGAUCCUUGAUGAAAUUGUAACCAGUCUUUACGGAGAGAAGACUGCAUCAGCUGAAACGGCGGACUUGUUACUAAGGAAGUUGAAUAGCUGGAGCGAGUGCCUGCCUUACUCACUGAGAACAUCUUCUCUGGGGCGCGAAAGUGAAAGAAUCGCUCAGAGACACACGCUUGGAAACAUGCAUGUCGCAUGCUCAUAUCAUUUUGCAGUGAUCCUAGUCACCCGCCCUUUCCUCAUAUCCGCUUUGAGUGUUCGGCUGGCUCAAACUCAUCAAAAUCUAUCAGCAAAUGGUUCCCGCGACCCACCGGACGAGGAUCCCGCUCACUCCCGACUAGCAGCUGCAUGUAUAGACUCGGCUGUCUAUAUGCUACAAACAUGUAUAGAGGUCUACGACUCUGGCCUCAUGCUUCGAAACAUGUGCAUCCUCAAAGCUUUCAUAUUUGCUGCAGCGCUAGUUCUCGGUUUCUCCAUGUUCGCCCACCGUGACAUAGACACCGAAAUCGACGAAGCAUUCCGUGGCGCUAUGACCAUAUUGCGAAUGUUGGCGUCACAGUCCGCCCAGGCAGCGCAUUAUCUAGACAUAACGAUCAUGCUCGAAGCCGCCGUUAACCAGCAACGCCAACGACUUGCAGCACAAGCCCGACAGCGAAGAAGCCAGUAUGUCAGUCGCAUCUUUAGUCUGAGUGAUGACCCAGCGACUCCACGGAGACAAAGCGAAGUCCAUGAACAGGCUGGUGACACCCCACUACUGACACAAAGCAUCCCCUCGUAUUCGUGGUUGCAGUCGGACGACGGGAUAAGUACUGUCACACCACCCGCGAUCGACGGCGCAUUAUUUGACUGGGAGGGAAUGGAUCUACCGCUGUGGGAUAGUUUCCCAUUUCUCACCGAGUCAGCUGCUAUAUAA